CGGAGGAACAUUGCAUGCUCGAGUCACCCAUCGCGUGCUGUUAGGGGAGUUUACCACAGUUUGUUUUGCCGACUGAGAAACGUGAUUGGUAAACAGUUUUGCCAGAAUAUACCGUGACCCCAAUUCCGUGGCCAGGGAUUCCAGAUUAGCGUUCUGUCCAAUAUCAACUUCGCAAGAGGACAGCUGACAAAAAUAAAAUUCUGCAAGGAUAGGUGGAGCCAGAAACGUUCUUUUUUGUUUUUAUGUUUUCCGUCAUAAUGGAGGAGACGGUGAUGUAGGCUUACCUCAGGCUUAGACGAAACCGUGGCCAGCAUCCAUUUUUCUCAGACAUGAAUUUUUUUUUUUUGACACUGCUGGUUAUUAUUGGAAUUACGGAUUCAAGAUCAGAGCAGUAUGAAGUAGUGGGACCUGCAGAUCCAGUAAUUGCUUUAGCUGGUGAAGAUGUUAUUCUGCCCUGUUCAGUUAAACCCAACAUCAGUGUUGUGGACAUGAGAGUGGAGUGGUUUAGAUCUGAUCUGAAAGACUCAGAACUAAUGCAUCUCUAUGAGGAUCAUGACGACAGAAACACAAAUCAGAGUCAGUCCUACAGAGGGAGAACAAAACUGAAUCAUGAAGAAUUACAGAGAGGAGAUGCAUCACUUAAACUCUCAUCUGCCCAAGUCUCUGAUGAAGGACGUUACAGGUGUUUUAUUCAGUCCAAAUCCUGGUAUGAUGAUGCUACUGUUGAUGUCAGUGUUGAAGCUGUAGGAAGUCCUCCGGUGAUCACUGUAGAUGGGUUUGAUCAAUCAGGAGGGCUUCUUCUACAAUGUGAAUCUGAAGGUUGGUAUCCUAAACCUGAUCUUGAGUGGCUGAACAGUGAAGGAGGCCGUUUGAGUUCAGAAACCGCAGAGACAAACAGAAAUGAAGAUGGAUUCAUUGUGAAACACACUGUCACUGUAUAUGAGAGAGACAGCAAGAUUCACUGCAGAGUCAAACUAAAGCAUCACAUGCUUGAGACACUGAUUAUCGCCACAAGUAAUAUGUUUAAUCUCUGGACGACAUCAGUCAUCCUGAUUUCAGUAGCCGUUGUGCUCAGUGUGAAUGCUGGAAUACUGAUAGCUGUGUUUACUAAGAAUAACAGAAAAUUUGAUCAACGUUUACAAAAUCAGAAGAUGAUAAUAUUACAAGAGAUCACGCAUUUAAGAACACACACAGUGGAUGUGAUUCUGGAUGCUGAUACGGCUCAUCCACAUCUCUUCGUGUCUCUUGAUAGGAAACAAGUGAGUUUUGGAGAGACACAACUGGAAAUAGUGAAUGGAAAGAGAUUUAAUGAUUAUCUUGGUGUUCUUGGGAAGGAUGGAUUUUCCUCGGGGUGUUUUUACUAUGAGGUUCAGGUAAAGGGGCAAACUGAGUGGGAUUUAGGAGUGGCCAGAGCAUCUGUUAACAGGAUUGGCUUGACCGUUGUGAGUCCUAUGAUUGGAUACUGGAUUGUGAGUCUGAGAAAUGGAGAGUGCUGGGCUCGUAAGUCUCCACUUGUCUCUCUUCCUCUGAGUGUGAAUCCUCAGAGGGUCGGUGUGUUUGUGGAUUAUGAGAAGGGUCUUGUCUCUUUUUAUGAUGUGGAGGCUAUGUCUUUUAUGUAUUCUUUCACUAAUCAGUCUUUUGAUGAGAAACUCUAUCCAUUUGUUAGUUUGGGGUAUCUGAGGAAUGAAAACUCUACACCACUGAUUAUCUGUGAUGAUUACUUCUGACAUCAGAGUUUGCAUGUUGAAGUAAAUGAAAUAAAAGGAAAUACAAUAAUUGAAAGAGUUAUAGCAAUACAUAUUAAAUAUUAUUUAGACUACAUGUUAAGAAUUUGAAAAUUUGGAUAAUAAUUGAAAGC